UUAAAUUUGACUUGAUGUCAGGCGCUCUGGCUCCCGGUAAACAUUGGACUAUGGUGGCUGGUGCCUCUAUGUUAACGUUCCGAACAAUAGAAUCACCGAUAACUAGGGCACUUUCAGCAGGUUUCUUAGUCGGUGCGUCACUGAGCGGGGCAAACCUGUUCGAGACUGUAAUCGGAACGGUCGAGUGAUGUUUUGUCCUGCGACUACGCCGUCUCACAGUCACGAAGUUUCCCAGCUGCGGGAAAUUUUCAACCGGAACCGAGCUGUGUGCGCUAAUGUUGCUCGCAUCCAAAGUGUUUUCUAUCGUCGUUAAACUCUUACUAUCCUCAGAUAAAGAUUGAGGAUCUUUUAAAUGCUUUCACAAGCAUUUAAAACUAAGGACUUAUCUGACUUAUCACAUAAACUGGUGUGUGCUCUUUCUAAAUGUAUUUAUGUUCUAUAGGUGGCAUGUGGUUCUAAUCAUACGCUGGUGUUUGCACGACCGCGGCAAAAGGAAAGUGAGGAAGUCUGCUUAGAAGAUGAAGAUGUGACCUACUCUUACCUGGACAGGUGUUAUAACUCAAUGCUGCAGGGCCGUGCAUUAGAGCACAACUCAGACCCAUCACCUGCCCUGAGCUCACAACCUACAUCUCUUCCAACAUCUCAUCGCUGGAUUCUAUCAACACGAUCUAGAGGAAGACCGAGGGUAACAAACUGACUGGAGUUUGAGACACCUUGCGUGCUAUAUAGUUGCGUGUUGUGUUGUAGAUACACCCACUGGCCACUUUAUUAGGAACAGCUGUUCAAUUGCUUGUUAACACAAAUUGCUAAUCAGCCUAUCACAUGGCAUCAACUCAAUGCAUUUAGGCAUCUUCUAGAGGUGUUGAAGACGACUUGCUGAAAAUGCCUUGUUGAUGUCAAAGGUCAGAGGAGAUUGGGCAGACUGGUUCGAGAUGAUAGAAAGACAAAAGUAACUCAAAUAACCACUUGUUGCAAGCAAGGUGUGCAGAAUACUAUCUCUGAAUUCAAAUCUAUGCCAUGAAGAAUUAAGGCAGUUCUGAAGGCUAAAAGGGAUCCAGUACUAGCAAGGAAAGUUCAUCUGCACAGUUUGGCCCAAAGUUUAAGGCCCUUCCUCCAAUUACAACUAACUUUACUUCACUAGCUUUGACCGGCAACAUCCUACAACCCAGAUCUCCAACAGACACUCCAAAACGCUUCAAAACUGAUGCUCCUGUAGAGUCUUCAUCUACCUUAUUCACAAUGCCUCACAACUUUGAUAUCAGGAGCCCAUCUGUGACUCCAACAAUCACACCUGUGAACUUUCAGGAUGUUGAAGCAGCUGAAAACAGCAUAUCAGACAAGAAACAUAAACAGGAUGAAGACGAGACAGCAGAAUCAUCCUCUGUCAUCCUCUGAGGGUCAAGAACAGAGACAGUACCUUGGCAGGCCCCGCCCACUGAACUAUUGACAGAUUCUGUUUCUCAUUCAUCACUGUCUGUAUCUUCACUAACAAGCAAUGUAAAACGGAGAAAGGCCAGGUCCAGUCAACCUGUGGAUGUCCAGUAUUCUCCCAAUAGAAUGUCAGCGAAAGAAAGACAGGAAAGCAAUGAAACAUCCAGCACUAAUAUUGACUCAAGGGGCCAAAUUGCUAAAGCAGAGAAAUCAACCAAAGUUCAAGGUGCAGAUUCUUUAAGAGUAAAAGACCAAGUUGUCCCGACUCUUGAAGAGGUAACACAAGAAGCCAUGUCAAGUCCAGUUAGAAUUCAAGACACAAGUUCUCAGCCACUAGUUCAAAACGAGAACAGGUUUGAACACGUUAGAACAAACCCUACAAAAGUCACACCAACACCAGUCAAAAACAUUUCUAAAAAAGUUAAGGGAAAGAACCAUGUCGAGGAAACCCCUUGCACACUUACAUCAAAGAAUUCAAGAAGAUGGAGAUCAAAUCUGAAAAGAAAGGAGGUUAGAGAGUGACGAUCUCCAGUUGAGAAAAACACCACUGGGACAGUAGAAACCACAACGAAAGCAGCCAGCCCUCCAUCAGUUUCCAUACCCACUUGGAAAGAGGGGGCUUCUGGAAUGUCUAAAGGAAGAAAAAGAAAACCUGUGGAAUCUGAGAACAUCCGGUUUGGACCUGAAAAGCUGGGACAGGAAACGACAGGUAUUCAAAGACAAAACAGUAAUAAAACUCUUGAGAACUCAUGUAUAUCAUUUUCCCCAAUAGACAGCAGACCAUCGGCAUCUAGCAAAAGACCACCAGAAAAAAAACAGACAUCGCCUAAUUUGCAGUCUGACUAUAAAAAGAACCAUUUAUCCACUGAUAAAGCAUUUAAUGUACAGAAACAAAAAAUUCCAUCUAUUAAUACGUUUGCUCCAGAAAGAGACCACUUAUCUUCUGAUCAGUGGACCACAGGCCAAACAGGUUCUUCGCCACUACAAUCCUCAACACUUAAGAAAUUAGCCAAAAUGGAGACAGUGUUGGUAAUGGAUACCUCACAUUCAGACACAAAGGCUGAGCAGAGCAUUAUGGGUAGUGCAGUUUCAUCACUACCAAUCCUGGCUAGUGCGGCACCGCUACUGAUAAAAGCAGCUGAGGUGCUUUCUGAGACUUCAUACAUCAGUCCUGCACCAGAAGAUAGUCCUGAGAUGGCAUUAUCCUCACCUGCUUUAGAGCUCGAGGAAACAUCAGGAAACAAUAUUCUGUCUGAACAGGAAGUGGAUCAGAACAGUACAGUUCAAGACAUUUCAGCAGUCACUGAGGAUCAGGAAAAAGACGAGAGCAACUCUAAACAGCAAAGCGAAAGCACAAAUGAAGACGUAAAAGACAAGCCAGUUUCAGAUGAAAAGGAAUUGUGGAGGAUUAGUAAUGAAGAAAGAGAAGAUGAGGAAGAUGAGAUGGAAAAAAAUGAAGAGGAAGGUGCAGAAGAGAAUCUUGGUGAGGAACAUCAAAGGGAGAAGAUUGGAGAGGAAGAGGAGAACAGUCCUUUUGAAAAAGAGGAAGAGGAAGGAGAGAUGCAGAAUGAUGGAGUUAGUGAAGACCAAGAAAAUGGAGAAAAUGAAGAGACAGAAAGUGCGGAAGAAGAGGGAGAAAAAGAGGAAAGUGGGUCAGCAGGGGAGGAAAAGGAAGACGGCAAUAUCGGUCAGAGCAGUAAAAACGCAGAAGAAAAAAGUGAAGGCGAGGUUGAAAGAAAAGAGAACAAGAAUGGAAAUAGAGAAGGAGAAGAGAAAGAGGAACAAGAAACGGGGAAUCAAGAAUCUAUAGAGGAAAAUGAGGAAGAAUAUGAAACCGAUAGUAAAGAGGACAAAGAUGAGGAGAUUGAUGGUGGAGGUGGUGAUUGGAGGAAGGAGACAGUAAGAGUAACGGGGCUGAAAAGGAGGAAAGUGGUGAUGAAGAGGAAAAAGAAGAAGAAGAGCAGGAUGAGAAAGCAGGCUGGGAUGAAGGCAGUGAGAAGGAGGCAGAUGACGAGAAGACCUACGAGAACACAAAAGCAGAGGAAGAGCAGGAAGAUGAAAGUGGUAAUGAUUGGUCGAGAGAGGAGGAGGAGGAGGAAGGUGAAGAAUUUGACAACAAGGUUGAAGGUAGGAGUGAGGGAUCGGAUAAAGAGGAGACAGAAGAAAGUGAAGGAGAUGAGAAUGAAAAAGAGACAGGUGAGGAGGAUGAGAGUGACAGGGAGGAGGAUGCAGGAGAAGAACAGGAAGUGGAAGAGGAGGCAGAAGAAGAAAGUGAAGGAGAGGAUGAGGUAGGAAAUGAAAAUGAGGAGGAAAAUCAAGAGGAACAUGAUCAUGAAGAAGAAGAACAGGGGAAAGAGGAAGAUGAAGAUAAUGAGGAAGAGGAAAGUGUGGAAGAUGAUG